GUAAACUUGAGACAUAUAAGAAUCUCGUUUAUACAGUGUCGAAUUGAUUGAUAAUUUACUGGACUUUCUCUAAAGUGAACGAUGAGCAGGGUUGUGGAAAGGGGGAGGGGCUCAUCGGCCCUUGUUAAAAAUUUCAUGUCGAUUAAUGGAAUUGCUUGUUAGGUUUGUGUGUGCCUAGUCUGUCUUUGCGAAUAUGCAGUGACAUUCACAUGCAUUGCAUAUUCUUAGGUGAAUAUUCUUGGAGUCGAAGGACAAGAAGAUUUUGCCCAAGCAUUCGAGAAGCUAAGAAAAGAGUGUUUCCGUGAUCCAAAGAAUCGGUUAACUCCUGAAAUAUAUUCUGGUGGGAUAAACUUUUUUUAUUAAUUGUUAUUAGGGACCGUUCAUUUGUUAUGGGCAUGGGGGCUGAGGGGGGGGGAUUUGAGGGAGGGCAACCCCAAAAAUUCAAAAAACAAGGGUGGUCAACUUGUUAACAGUAUUACCCUGUUCCCAUACUGUUAUAGAGGGUUAUAAUACAUGUAUAACUAUCUAAGAAAAGUAGUCAUCAUAUAAUUGAAAAUUGUUCCAAUUCAAUAAUAAAAAAGGUAUUAACAACAACUGCUGACUGUUUUCUAUUCUAUAUCUUUCUAUUUUAUAUAUUCCACCCUAUAUCUUUGUCAUUCUCUCUGUCUACCGACUCUUUCUCAUUGUCGUCUUCCUGCUCUUCCUGUCCAUUGACCCACUCCAUAUCUUCAUCAUUCUCUUUGUCUAUCGACUCUUUAUCAUUGUCGUCUUCCUGCUCUUCCUGUCCAUCAACCAACUCCAUAUCUUCAUCAUUCUCUGUUUAUUACUGUUGUCUUUCUGCUCUUUCUGUCCAUUAACCAACUCUAUAUCUUCAUCAAUCUCUCUGUCUACCGACUCUUUAUCAUUGUCAUCUUCCUGCUCUUCCUGUCCAUUGACCCACUCCAUAUCUUCAUCACUCACUACCGAUUCUUUAUCAUUGUUGUCUUCCUGCUCUUCCUGUCCAUUAACCAACUCUAUAUCUUCGUCAUUCUUUCCAUCUACCGACUCUUUAUUAUUGUCAUCUUCCUGCUCUUCCUGUCCAUUAACCAACUCUAUAUCUUCGUCAUUCUUUCCAUCUACCGACUCUUUAUCAUUAUCGUCUUCCUGUCCAUCAACCCACCCCAUUUCUUCAACAUUUUCUCUGUCUACCGACUCUUUAUCAUUGUCGUCUUCCUGUCCAUCAACCCACUUCAUUUCUUCAUCAUUUUCUCUGUCUACCGACUCUUUCUCAUUGUCAACAAGGGCAGAUUUCGUGCUCGACCAAUCAGCUCAUUUGUUUACAUUUUCGCUCUCAGCUAGUCAUAAUGCAGGAAACGCGAAAUUUACACCAAGGCGAACUAGAAAAUAUUGCCGUCUUCUCUGGCUUCCGUGACAUUCAAUUUUAACUUUUUUAAUAUAAAAGCAAAAGAUUAUGAUAUAUAGCAUAUUAAAAUAAAAAACUUUGCCGUGGGGAUUUUUAAAUUUUCGACCUAGGACGGAAAAUAUCCAUGUUUGAAAUUUUUCUCUAUGUCGCGUAUACAAAUUUGAGUAAUCUAAUUUGACUGCAAUAAAACUAAAAAUUGCUACAUUUUCUCUGCUUUACGUUUUUGUCGGAAAAGUCUUCCGCUCUUGUUGAAAAUCGUUUUGGUCAAUGUAUUAUUUCAUAACCUAGAAUAUAACGCGUUUAGAGAGUCUGAUUUUCUGCAAGAUCGGUCGGACAAUAUUUUUGUAUUGAUUGCCCGUAUGAUAGCGAGCAUGCGACUAUAUUUUUUUAAAUCAGGCGCUAUAAACGCGUUAUCGUCUAGGUUUUGAAAUAAAACAUUGACCAAAACAAUUUGCAACAAGAGCGAAAAAGAGGUUUCCAACAAAAACGUAAAAGCAGAGAAAAUAUAGCAAUUUUUAGUUUUAUUGCAAUCAAAUUAGAUUACUCAAAUUUGUAUACGCGACAUAGGGAAAAAUUUCAAACAUGGAUAUUUCCGUUCUAGGUCGAAAUUUAAAAAUCCCCACGGCAAAGUUUUAGAUUUUAAUGUGCCAUAUCAUAAUCUUUUGCUUUUAAAUUAAAAAAAGUUAAAAUUGAAUGUCACGGAAGCCCGAGAAGACGGCAAUAUUUUCUAGUUCGCCUUGGUGUAAAUUUUGCGUUUCCUGCAUUACGAUUAGCCGAGAGCGAAAAUGUAAACAAAUGUGCUGAUUGGUCGAGCACGAAAUCUGCCCUUGUUCUCAUUGUAUAUCUUCAUCAUUCUCCCUGUCUACCGACUCUUUAUCAUUGUCGUCCUCCUGUCCAUCGACCCGCUCUAUAUCUUCAUCAUUCACUGCCGACUCUUUAUCAUUGUCGUCUUCCUGUCCAUCAACUAAUUCCGUAUCUUCAUCAUUCUUUCUGUCUACCAACUCUUUAUCAUUGUUGUCUUCCUGUCCAUCAACUAAUUCCAUAUCUUCAUCAUUCUUUCUGUCUACCAACUCUUUAUCAUUGUUGUCUUCCUGUCCAUCAACUAAUUCCAUAUCUUCAUCAUUCUCUCUGUCUACCAACUCUUUAUCAUUGUUGUCUUCCUGCUCUUCCUGUUCAUCAACUAAUUCCAUAUCUUCAUCAUUCUCUCUGUCUACCAACUCUUUAUCAUUGUUGUCUUCCUGCUCUUCCAGUCCAUCAACUAAUUCCAUAUCUUCAUCAUUCUCUCUGUCUACCGACUCUUUAUCAUUGUUGUCUUCCUGUCCAUCAACUAAUUCCAUAUCUUCAUCAUUCUCUCUGUCUACCAACUCUUUAUCAUUGUUGUCUUCCUGCUCUUCCAGUCCAUCAACUAAUUCCAUAUCUUCAUCAUUCUUUCUGUCUACCGACUCGUUAUCAUUGUCGUCUUCCUGCUCUUCCUGUUCAUCAACUAAUUCCAUAUCUUCAUCAUUCUUUCUGUCUACCGACUCUUUAUCAUUGUCGUCUUCCUGCUCUUCCAGUCCAUCAACUAAUUCCAUAUCUUCAUCAUUCUUUCUGUCUACCGACUCUUUAUCAUUGUUGUCUUCUGCUCUUCCUGUUCAUCAACUAAUUCCAUAUCUUCAUCAUUCUCUCUGUCUACCAACUCUUUAUCAUUGUUGUCUUCUGCUCUUCCUGUUCAUCAACUAAUUCCAUAUCUUCAUCAUUCUUUCUGUGUACCGACUCUUUAUCAUUGUCGUCUUCCUGCUCUUCCUGUCCAUCAACUAAUUCCAUAUCUUCAUCAUUCUUUCUGUCUACCGACUCUUUAUCAUUGUUGUCUUCUGCUCUUCCUAUUCAUCAACUAAUUCCAUACCUUCAUCAUUCUUUCUGUCUACCGACUCUUUAUCAUUGUUGUCUUCUGCUCUUCCUGUUUAUCAACUAAUUCCAUAUCUUCAUCAUUCUUUCUGUGUACCGACUCUUUAUCAUUGUUGUCUUCCUGCUCUUCCUGUCCAUCAACUAAUUCCAUAUCUUCAUCAUUCUCUCUGUCUACCAACUCUUUAUCAUUGUUGUCUUCUGCUCUUCCUGUUCAUCAACUAAUUCCAUAUCUUCAUCAUUCUUUCUGUCUACCGACUCUUUAUCAUUGUUGUCUUCCUGUUCAUCAACUAAUUCCAUAUCUUCAUCAUUCUUUCUGUCUACCAACUCUUUAUCAUUGUUGUCUUCUGCUCUUCCUGUUCAUCAACUAAUUCCAUAUCUUCAUCAUUCUCUCUGUCUACCAACUCUUUAUCAUUGUUGUCUUCUGCUCUUCCUGUUCAUCAACUAAUUCCAUAUCUUCAUCAUUCUUUCUGUCUACCAACUCUUUAUCAUUGUUGUCUUCUGCUCUUCCUGUUCAUCAACUAAUUCCAUAUCUUCAUCAUUCUCUCUGUCUACCAACUCUUUAUCAUUGUUGUCUUCUGCUCUUCCUGUUCAUCAACUAAUUCCAUAUCUUCAUCAUUCUUUCUGUCUACCGACUCUUUAUCAUUGUUGUCUUCUGCUCUUCCUGUCCAUCAACUAAUUCCAUAUCUUCAUCAUUUUUUCUGUCUACCGACUCUUUAUCAUUGUCGUCUUCCUGCUCUUCCUGUUCAUCGACCCACUCUAUCUGGACUGAGAGGGACUUGGAACCCAACUUUGUCUCCUUAUUCCUUUUUUGACCAAACCGGUAAAGAAAUUUUGCUUUCUUUAUUUUAGGCAAAACAAGAUGCGGUGUAGCUUUUUUUGCAAUGUGUUGGCCAGCGACUCUCGCUAAUCGUACUGUUUAUCUUCCAUGUCCAUCACUUUUCUUUGACCAUUUGUCGGGUAAGUCGUAAUUUCCUUGUUGGCGCAUGCGCAUAGCUGUAAAUAUAUUGUGUUUUGUUUACUGCUAUUGGCUAGUACUGCUAUAUCGUUGUGAAAGAACAUCUUCCCUAGAACUAGGAUAAUAAAUAUGUAUCACGGUAGAGGCUAAUGUUUUAAUACAUAAACUUUAGCUUUCAUUUUCUCGGCUUGGACAACGUUGAUUUUUAAAAGUACUUCGCCAAUGAACUCGUAUAAGAUGGAUCGUUUUUUAAGCCAUUUAAAACAAUCACGAUCCAUGCUUUAUCAGACAUAAGACACUCGCCUGUCGCCUGUUUUAUAUCUGAUAAAGCACUCCUGCUCGUGUUUUAAAUAGUACACAGUAUAUUAGCUGCUGCUCCAUUUCUACUCCCGAUUAUUUAGGUUUUAUAUAAUUGUUCCAGGUAACAUCUCGAGGAGGUGUAAUGAAUCAGGUGAAUGGGGGAAAGCAGAUAUUUCAUUUUGCAGGAAACAUUCUGUUCCUUUGGUAUGAUUAUUAUAAUUUUAUUCAAGUUGUUAUAAAAGUAAUUCAUAAGAAAAAAGGUUCUCAGAGUAUAUCUAUAUAAUGCAUUUGUGUAUGUAAGAAUCGAAAAAUGACAUGCGGAAGUUUACGGUGAAAUUAUUUUUUAUUUCAUUAUUUUUUUUUAUUUAUUGCUUGUAGCAGACAUUAAAUAAUUUAUUAAAUCAUCUGUGAAAUACAUAACAUUUCACUGCAGUUAUGUUUAUUAAUUCAUCAUUUCACAGUUAUGUUUAUUAAUUCAUCAUUUCACAGUUAUGUUUAAUCAUUUCACAGUUAUGUUUAUUAAUUCAUCAUUUCACAGUUAUGUUUAUUAAAUCAUCUGUCACCGUUGAAAUGAAUAUAACUGGAACACUACCUCAGUGAACUCUAUAUAUAUAUAUAUAUAUAUAUAUAUAUAUAUAUAUAUAUAUAUAUAUAUAUAUAUAUAUAUAUAUAUAUAUAUAUAUAUAUAUAAAAAUAGUUUGUGUAGGGUUAUAAAAACCAAUGAUAGAGUGCUCAAUGGAUAACCAGAGCAUAAUAGAAAGACACAAAAACUUAGCAAGCUUUGUUUGGCAUAUUUAUUACUGGUACGAAACUGUAUAGUAAUAAAUAUGCCAAACAAAGCUUGCUUGUGUCUUUCUAUAUAUAUAUAUAUAUAUAUAUAUAUAUAUAUAUAUAUAUAUAUAUAUAUAUAUAUAUAUAUAUAUAUAUAUAUAUAUAUAUAUAUAUAUAUAUAUAUAUAUAUAUAUAUAUAUAUGUAUAUAUAUAUGUUUUGAAGCCAAACUUAAAGGCCUGUCCCACUCUUUUCACGCAUGCGAAGAGCGCUCAAUUAGUUAAUCAUGAUAUAAACACGCGUGUUUGGGAGCUCUGGGAGUCAAAUUUGGCUUCAUGAAAAAUAUAGGCAGUUUAUCUGAAGGCGUUCCAGUUAUAUUCAUUUCGAUGUCUGUCACAGACACAUAAUCACAAAUGACAGGCGAAAGAAACAGGACUAUUAUAAAUUUAUCAAUUGAAAUUCCACCCCCACAUGAAUAUAUGACUUUAUAUUUACAAUAAUGGGGAAUCUGUACAAUUGCACAGUUAUGUAUUUCAUUAUUUGACAAUUUACAAUUCAAUUCUUUAUUUAGCCAAGUGAAGAGGAAGAUGUACAACAACGUGUUUAUGUUGUUUUAAGCUGGUUUUCUUUUUCAAUCAUGAUUCCGUCGUUAAUCGUAACCGUCUAUAUACUGUAAGUCAGUCGAAAAUGUUUGUUUCGUGUAUCGAAGAAACCAUGUUUCCACCACGACAAAAACUUCGUGAAAGUGCUGUGAUACCACUUUAUGACAUCUCGAGCUGUGAUCUAUAACUAAUACCUUCUUGUUUCAGAAAGGGGAAGAAUGAACGAUUCAACGUUCAUACAAAUCUUAUCCUCGCAUUUACGUUACGAAUAACUACAUUUUUUAUUCAUCAUUAUGAAAAUCUUGGCUCCUCAGACACCUCACGGGUAGGUUGUAGUUAGGCGUACGGAAGGGGAAAACUAGAGGGCGGCCGAAAAUUUACCCGACGUUCGUGAAAUCGCCCGUCCAAAAAAAUGUAUUGUUGUUGUUGUUGUUGUUGUUGUUGUUGUUGUUGUUGUUGUUGUUGUUGUUGUUGUUGUUGUUGUUGUUGUUGUUGUUGUUGUUGUUGUUGUUGUUGUUGUUGCAAAAAUGUUCGAAGCAUGCGUUAAGACAUUUCUUGCGCAUCAAUAAAUACGAAUUAUCUAUUGCCAGAUAGUUUGUUUAAUUUACCGCAUUAAUGGGCAAGACUCUCUCCCUAUAGACAUCGUUUCAAGGCCCUUCCGCUUCUUUCUUCGAGACGAGGACACAGAAUAGAGAUCUUACAGAAGGCCGAUGCAGCCAAAAAAGCACGCCAUGAUUUGCAAUGAUUCGUUAUCAUAAUGCACUCGCCAUGUUCCUAGUUACUGCGCUUACGAGAGACAUUCACCACCACCACCCCGAUUGAUCGUCCACCAUUUUGAAUAUUUGGUUAUGCCAUGAUCAUAGACAAAAUCAAGAAGUCUGCCUUCUGUAAGGUUCCUAUUCUGUGACGAGGGGCCUUUGCUCGAAACGUCAAACUUCUUGUUCUGUUUUUGAUGAUGAAUGUGGUUUGAUCGAUGGUGUAUUGACGUGUCGUAACUGUCGUUGCAUGUUUACAUUUGUAGGUUUCCUGUAAUCUCGUUUGGAUCUUAAACCGUUAUUUUGCAUCGACGGAAAUCAUGUGGAUGUUGAAUGAAGCUUUACUCCUGUUGAGGAAAGUUGUUAUAAUAUUUGAUAAGAAAAGCUACUUCAAAUAUUAUUUGCUUAUUGGAUGGGGUACGGUAUCAGUUAUUAUUUUUUCUUUAAUUUCUCUGCGGUUGCACGUCUUCUGAAGUUCUCAGAGGAAAUCGUGAUGCAACGAGAAUGAUGAGGACGAGUUUUCAUCUCACUUAUAAUGUGAUCUUUUUUAUUGUUUCAUUGCUAGGAUCUCCUGUGGCAUUUUUGGCUGCAUAUAUUCCAACUAUGGUCUAUGUCGUUGAUCUUCCACCCAAGAAGUAUGUCUUUCAAUCGUUCAAGAAAAUGUUAAUAAUUCACCGAUUUUCUUUUUAAUUAACAUCUACAUUUAAUUAGCAUCUACAUUCGAUAUAACUAAUUGUAGAUCAGUGGUGGUCUUAUGGAGAGGGGGGGGUGCAACAGGGUUGCAAGGGGGGGUGCAAAAAAUUAAUCUUAAAUGUUAUUAAAUUAUCUCUUAAAUGUUCGAGGUAUUGAAAGUUUUUAUCAGUAAGACAAUAAAGCAGCACCAUAGCACCAGUUCAAAAUACUAAUAAGUCCAAUAUUAAUUAGUUUGAUACUUUGAUCGAAAAAAGAAAAUUCUUAAUUUUGCUGGAAACGUCUAACAUUACAAGUAUUUGAUAAUGAAGAGAAUCUGGGAUUUAUAUUAUAUAUAAUUAUUAAAUUAUAUUUAUUCAACAUGGUGCACUUUGAUGACAGUACACUGUAUAUUAUGGUAGACUUGAUUUGUCAAUAAGCUUAUGAAUUAUUAAUGAGUGUUUGAAUAAAUGUAUAAAAUUCAAACUUGAUAUUUCCAUCUGUAAAACCCGUCUGCGUUUUGAUAUACUAAACAUUUUACAUCGGUGAUAAUCUACAGCGUUUGCAUACAAGCUUUUGUUUGUACAUUUCAGGUGUUGGGCACAUUACAAGGACUCAAUUUAUAUGUUGGUGUUGUACGUGCCUCUGGUUAUAAUUUUAAUUGUAAGUUUAUAUUAAUUAUCGUAUUAAUUAUUUUUGUGCAAAUUGUUAAGCCUGGUUGUAAACACGGAGUCACUUCCCUCAAACAUUUCUUACAAACCCUUCAAAACUUAUAGAAUUUACCUAUGCAAAAUCAAUCUCGUACCCAGAGUAUGCCCGUUCGCAGGUUAGGUGCCCAAUUCCUUGAUGCAAAAUUCCUACUGUGAUCACAGAUGGAUAAAAAAAUAAAAAAUAAAAUUGGAUAAAUAACUAAUAAUAUUAAUUUCUGGUUUCCUCAAUGGAUAUCUUUCAUCCCUCCCCUGCAUUGUCGAAGAACGUUGUAUUUAUGUAACUGCAAUAUUAUUCAUUACAAUUAUUAGUAUUCAUUUAUCACAAGCUUUCGGCCACCUUAGUUACUGUGGCCUUUAACAGGUAUAACAAUGAUUAUAGAUAACAUUUGUAAUCAUUGUUAUACCAUGCCACUUGAAGGCCACAGUAAGGUGGCCGAAAGCUUGUGAUAAAUGAAUACAGAGAACAUCUCUGUGACUCUGUAUAUAAUUAAUUGUGUCUAUUUCUGGCCGCGCUUCAUCCGUUUCAUUUCAUGAAACUUGCGUUUUGUAGAUAGAUUUUAUUGCGCUGAUUUACACCGUCUCCAUUUUUGUAAGAAGACAGAACGGACAACAGAAAGGCGACUUUAUAAAAAUAAGGUAAUGAGAGUUGUUUAUCCAAACAAUGAGGGUCAAAGGUUUCAUGUUCAACCCAUAUUUUUUAUUUGAUUCACGUUACUUUAAAACAAAACCAAAAAGUUGAUCUGUAGGCGUUGCUGUCCAGUUUACAGCAACAGACAUCAUACACUAUACGCGAACAGGACGACACUAGCUUCUAGCUAGCUUGGUGGCGUUGGACAUUAGGGACUGGUCAUUAUUUAUGGUGGGGGGCUGGCACCGAAGAGAAAUGGUUUCUUGAUAAAAAUGUCGUUGAUCCAACCAUUAAAAAGUCAAACAUAUUUUCACCCAGCCUCAAAUAUCAAUUACAAACUAAAUAUUCAUCCCGGGCCAAAAAAUUCACAAAAGGAUACCAUUCAGUUGUCACACAAUCUUUACCACUUCUGUGACAUGAGUUUGAUAAUUGCUUUGUGCAAUUUUCUACAGUCUACAAGGUGUCACGUUGUUUGCUAAAGUGUCACGUCAGAGGUAUCACGUUGUCUGCAGAUGUACUUUCUUUGGAGACACCAUUUGCGAAAAAUGAUCGAAAAUCGAAAAAUGAUCAAAAUAGUGACUCUGAUUGAUUGAUUGAUUGAUUUACAUAUUGUAUUGACACAUGACUAUUGACAUUGCUUUUUAGUCUUCAAUAUUUGAGUGAGUCAUGCUUUGGAAAUGAUAAUAAAUUUUCACUGCCCAACCCUUAAGUUAUUUUGUUUUUAAUUUACCCAACCUUUCACUCAAACACGAAUUUUGUUUACCCAACCCUUUUCUCUUCGGCGCCAUAAAUAAUAACCGGUCCCUUGUGUAUUUGAAAAGAAAUGCAAGAUAAGUUUAGUCUUCAUCAAGGCUCUAAUUAGCUUACAGCCUCGGGCUGCAAGCUGGCUAGGGCUCUACCAUAAUGCCAGAAGCAAAUUUAUUUUCCCAAUCUUAUAGCCGAAAUGCAUAUAAUUAAAAAAUCUACCACUAUAGUAAAAGGCAGCAUAUAUUUUCCAGGUCAGUGUGACAGGUUCUUACAUAUUUGAUCAGAGUAUUAAAUUGGCCCUAAUGUCUGCACUCUAUAAAAAUCAGACACAAGUACAUACGGGUUUUCGUUAAAAUGGGUGUCUAAAUGGCAGGUAUCAGGCUGUAGGUUCUUAAUCUGCUAGAUUCUUAUUUUUUAUGCGGGAUUUUAUUUAUAUUCGUCCUUCGGAUUCGUCCAAUUUUUAUCGUCUUUGAAAAACUCACUCGUUUAUGGAACCGCACUCGAAACCAUACUAUUACCUACCGUAAACCUCUGACUAUCUUAUAUUCUUUCGUAAGCUAUUUUUGAUGGGCUUAUACAAGGAGGGGGGGGUGGGGCUUAUAUACGGGGGGCUUAUACAUGGACGAUCUUUUGUGUUAGUAAUAAACAAGUCAGUCAUAAACAGGAAAAAUAAACAUGUAUUAAUAACGCGCUUUGAUUAACAUAGUUAUAAAAACAGUUACAAAGACAAGAAAAAGUUAUAAAGACACUGAUGACAAUGUUUUUAAAUAUCUUUUUCUUUAAAAGACAGUGUCAAUGUUGAAUAACGUAUUGCAGUGGGCUACUGGGCUUAUAUUCGGGGACUUAUAUUCGGAGGGGCUUAUAUUCUGGGGGGGGGGCUUAUAUUUGGAAUGAGGUGAGCGUUAGUACAUGUGGUGGGCUUAUACACGGGGGGGGGGCUUAUAUUCGGAGGUUUACGGUAUACGAUCAGUGCUUUCGUUUCCAAUUUCCAGGAAAGCCAUCAAAGGAACACUUAUACUAUCACCGUUGCUUGGAGUGAUUUAUCUGUUAAUAUUCUUUAUACCACCAAAUCCACCAGUCUGGUAUCAAUAUUUCUUACGGGUUGUCUACCCAAUGCAGGUACGAUAUUUUGGUUUUCAGUAAUAAAAAAUGGAAGCCAUAUAAUUUUAAUGAAAUAUCUUCUCGGGUAUAUUAUUGUCACCCAAACGUUAGAAAGCUUUGUUACACAGUUACCUAGCUAUCAUUCAAAGGCUUUCAGCAACUAUGGAAGGUGGGGGGGGGGGCGUUGCCCUCUCCUUGGUUCUUUUAGUGUCCGCCACUGAGAUCAAAACUUCAAUUGUUGUUCUUAAUUUCUUAGGGUACCUUGGCUUGUCUGGUUUACAUCACAUUUAGUGGUGAACUACUAAACAAGGCGAAAUCCAAAUAUAGAUCAUCCUUUCGAAGGACGACACGCAUACUGGAAAAUGUAAGUAAGUUUCUUUAAAAAUGUUUAUUUUCUGUUCACAUGUUUCAUUACUGUGCGUUAGGUGAAUGGUUUCGUAAACGAAAUAGCCGGAAAUACAAAGAAAGCCAUUUUCCUAUUUUUAAUGAAUAAAAUUACUAGCUUGUAAAUACUGUUUUGUUUCCAGCAAUUACGGGAGCUGUAAUACAAAUUCUUUUAAAACUUGAUUUUUUCUGUGUUAGUGUUGUGUACUCAGGUGAAUAUGACAUUUGUGAUGUUACUCUGAGUGUAUAUCCACACCGGGCGAGUUGAAAAAUAUGCCCGACCACGGUGGGAUUCGAACCUACGACCUUUGGAAUACUAGUCCAAUGCUCUUCCAACUGAGCUACGCGGUCAGGACGGUUCGAGUAAGUGAUAUUUCAGAACAGAAUCUAGUUCCUUCGAUACCAAUGUAAUCUAGUAAUUUGAUUUUUUCUGUGUUGGUGUUGUGUACUCAGGUGAAUAUGAUAUUUGUGAUGUUACUCUGAGUGUAUAUCCACACCGGGCGAGCUUGAAAAAUAUGCCCGGCCACGUUGGGAUUCGAACCUACGACCUUUGGAAUACUAGAAAUAUCACUUACUCGAACCGUCCUGACCGCGUAGCUCAGUUGGAAGAGCAUUGGACUAAUAUUCCAAAGGUCGUAGGUUCGAAUCCCACCGUGGCCGGACAUGUUUUAAAACUAUUUUCGUUAUUUUUUGGUCAACAACUGAUGCCGGUGAAUAAUUGUAAUCCUUGCACUAUUCAUAGUAGCCAUAGUAGACGUUGUAGUUCUUACGCCAAGCGACGAAACUGUGAGCAGGCUAUAUUCAUAGCUCAUAUAACCCAAAUUUUCAAAUGCAUAAUUUGUGCAAAGCAAAAUGGAGGGUGUAAAAAUCACUAAAAAUAACUCUUUAAUUAGCCUACAUUAACUCUUCACUCGAAAAAUUUUGGGGGACAUACUGUAUUUGUUGGAUUUCUAUUAAUUUUAAAAACUGUACAUGCAACUCAGAUAUGUACUUGUUUUGUAUUUAAUUCAAUAAAAAUCGAUAACGUUGAUUUAUUUUGGUGAAAGAUGGAAUUUUUUAUUCCACUCGGCUGUCGCCUCGUGAAUGGAAAAUUCCAUAUUUCACCUCUUACUUUUACCAUUGCACUCAUAAACAUUCAUUAUUUGUAUGAAACCAAUUAUUGUUUUCUAAUUUUUUAGGGUUAUUCGUGGAGUUUUAGUACUCGCUCACGAAACACAGAGAGAACAAUGAGAGUUAAUUCUUCUCCCGACCCAUCAAUUGAUCCUAGUGGUCUGUCUCAUUCCUCCCCACCAUGCGACAAUGGUCCAAAAUGUGGAUGUCCUGACUCGGCUGUCCUCAGGAGGAUCAAGCAGACUAGCGAUGACGAAGAAGAAGAAAACAGUUUUUAAUUUCCAAAAUUUAACGUGUGGAUGAAAAAUCAGGCCCAGUCAGGGAGGUAGUUGCAUCCCUACCUACACUGGCACAGAUCGUUCAGGAUAACACCAGUAUAUACUCGAUAAUACUGAAUCACUAUAUCAAUAUACCCAAAGUUCCAGGCUAUGUCUGUCCAGUGGCGGAAAUUCACUUUUUCCGGUGGGUGGCGAAGCCUUCUAAAUUUCCGACAAAACUUUCAAAUUUCCGACAACCCCCCCCCCCAUUUGCACUCGAAAAGGCUGUUUUUAGCCCUUUUAUAGGUCAAAAUUUCCGAAAAUUCGUCAUUUUCCACGAAGGUGGGGGGGGGGGGGCGCCCCACCGAGAUUUCCGCCACUGUGUCUGUCUGUCUGAGUCCUUAAUCUUGGGCAAAUGUAUAAUACUGUUUCAACUUAUUUUAACAAUAAAGUACUGUAUGGCAAAGAUAAAAUGGGCUAAAUGCCAAUAGACCUGAAACCCCUGGCCGGGCCUGAAAAAAGUGAUUAGUUUGCACAUUUUAAUUUAAUUGUACUUCAGGCAUGAAGAUGAAUUCGUUAGAUGGCCUCUGUCUUAAGAAUUAAAGUGUUACCUCAGCAGACAUGCCUACACCGAGAUGAUCCUUUAUAGUGACAGACUUCUUGUCGUAGAG